UUCGGCUCGAGGGGCAAGGUGAAGAGCGCAAGGGCCCUGGGGUUUACCGAGCUGGAUUUGCACGUCGCACCAUGCCUUCCUGGAUCUGGGCUGUGAUUCUUCCCCUCUCCGGGCUGCUGCUGUCCCUCCCGGCCAGGGCGGAGGUGAAGGCUCGGAGCUGCGGCGAGGUCCGCCAGGCGUACGGUGCCAAGGGAUUCAGCCUGGCGGACAUCCCCUACCAGGAGAUCGCAGGGGAACACUUAAGAAUCUGCCCUCAAGAAUAUACAUGCUGCACCACGGAAAUGGAAGACAAGUUAAGCCAGCAGAGCAAACUCGAGUUCGAGAACCUCGUGGAAGAGACAAGCCAUUUUGUGCGCACCACUUUCGUGUCCAGGCACAAGAAAUUUGACGAAUUUUUCCGAGAGCUCCUGGAGAAUGCAGAAAAGUCACUAAAUGAUAUGUUUGUACGGACCUACGGAAUGCUGUACAUGCAGAAUUCGGAAGUGUUCCAGGACCUUUUCACAGAGCUGAAAAGAUACUACACCGGGGGCAAUGUAAAUCUGGAGGAGAUGCUCAAUGACUUCUGGGCUCGGCUCCUGGAACGGAUGUUUCAGCUGAUAAACCCACAGUAUCACUUCAGCGAGGACUACCUGGAAUGUGUGAGCAAAUACACAGACCAGCUGAAGCCUUUUGGAGAUGUACCCCGGAAAUUGAAAAUUCAGGUCACCCGCGCCUUCAUUGCUGCCCGGACGUUUGUCCAGGGGCUAACUGUGGGCAGAGAAGUGGCAAACCGAGUUUCCAAGGUCAGCCCCACCCCGGGCUGCAUCCGAGCUCUCAUGAAGAUGCUGUACUGCCCAUACUGCCGGGGACUUGUCACCGUGAGGCCCUGCAACAACUAUUGCCUGAACGUCAUGAAGGGCUGCCUGGCCAAUCAGGCUGAUCUCGACACUGAAUGGAAUCUGUUUAUAGAUGCAAUGCUCUUGGUGGCAGAGCGACUGGAAGGACCAUUCAACAUUGAGUCUGUCAUGGACCCAAUAGAUGUCAAGAUCUCUGAAGCCAUUAUGAACAUGCAAGAAAACAGCAUGCAGGUGUCUGCAAAGGUCUUUCAGGGAUGUGGCCAACCCAAACCUGCUCCAGCCCUCAGAUCUGCUCGCUCAGCUCCUGAAAAUUUUAAUACAAGGUUCAGACCUUACAAUCCCGAGGAGAGGCCAACGACUGCUGCAGGCACAAGCUUGGACCGGCUGGUCACAGACAUAAAAGAGAAACUGAAGCUCUCUAAAAAGGUCUGGUCGGCGUUGCCCUACACCAUCUGCAAAGAUGAGAGCAUGACGGCGGGCGCGUCCAACGAAGAGGAGUGCUGGAAUGGACACAGCAAAGCCAGAUACUUGCCUGAGAUCAUGAAUGAUGGGCUGACCAACCAGAUUAACAACCCUGAGGUAGACGUGGACAUCACACGGCCCGACACUUUCAUCAGGCAGCAGAUCAUGGCUCUACGCGUGAUGACCAACAAACUAAAGAACGCAUACAAUGGCAACGAUGUCAACUUCCAGGACACGAGCGAUGAAUCCAGUGGCUCUGGGAGUGGCAGCGGGUGCAUGGACGACGUGUGUCCCACGGAAUUUGAGUUUGUCACCACCGAGGCCCCCGCCGUGGACCCCGACCGGAGAGAAGUAGACUCUUCCGCAGCCCAGCUCGGCCACUCCCUGCUCUCAGGGUCUCUCGUCUGCAUGGUCCUGGCACUGCAAAGACUGUGCAGAUAAUCCUGGGUUUUUGGUCAAAUGAAACUGCAUUUUAGCUAUUUGAACGGCCAACUCCCUUCUUUUCUUACACUCUUGGACAAUGGACCAUGCCACACAACUUAACCGUUUUCGAUGAGAAGAGAGCAGGACUGCACUCUGCCUCCCUUUCUGUUUGCCCAAAGAGUACCGGGUGCCAGACUGGACUGCUUCCUCUUUCCUUCAGCUAUCUGUGGGGACCUUGUUUAUUCUAGAGAAUUCUUACUCAAAUCUUUCGUACCAGGAGAUUUUCUUACCUUCAUUUGCUUUUAUGCUGCAGAAGUAAAGGAAUCUCACGUUGUGAGUUUUUUUUUUUUUUCCCGUUUAAAAAAAAAAAAAAAGUCAGGAAGAAAAUAAUUUUCCUUGUAAAAUCAGGCCAAACCCCAAGACAACUGCAUUUUCAACAAAGGAGCAAACAAGAGAGAAAACUAAAAGAGCGUUACCAUUGUGAGGUCGGCAUUGCCAGCCGACUCCCAGUGUAAGCUUUUCUGUGAUAAAUCAGGUUUGCAAAAUGCUUUGGGAGAGAAAGUUUGAAUUUUUUUUAAUGUGGUGAAAAUACAGUGUUGUCUUGGAGGUACCGUCUUGCACUCUGUCCACAGAAUACCAAACUGAUUUGGGGGUACUGAUACUAAAUUUAGAAUUCCAUCUUUAAUACGAGAGCAAAAUUGCCACGACCCAGCACCUCUCUCCCACCUUGCCCGAUUUCAAUUUCAGUGAUGGCACCAUUUUCCUUAAUUCUCUUGAUGUCUGUCCGCUGUAUCCAAUUGGCACAGAUUUUUCUCUUCAUCUCCAGUGACUAGUGGAGGCUCCCACCAAUUCAUCCUCCCCAAGGGUCUCAAUUGAAAAUAAUCUUCAAUGAAACAAGAGCUUUGCUUUAGCCACAGGUUUGACAUUAAUUCGAUGUUUCUGCCCCUGGGCUCAUUACGCUCCCAAAGUAAGAGUUCUUUUCAUGAACUUACAAGCAAUUAGAUCCAAUUGUGAGUGAGUUUUCGUUUUUUAACUAUUUGCUUUGUGGCAAUUGGUUUCUGCAUCACAAGGGCAUUCUCUUACAAAAUAACUCACAACAACAAAAAAAGUCAAGACAAAAAAAUAUAUAUAUAGUAUUGACAUGGAGAUUUCUUUCACUUUUUUAGUCUUAGUAUGAUCAUCUAUUUUUAUAUCUCUCUAUAUAUAAAUCACAGAUUUUAACUUCUUAAUUCCAAGCUCAGGGUUGACACACCUUUGUAACGAAAAUGUUUUGUCAACCAGCUCUUCUUGUUCUGUGCUGCUCAGAGAAGGGAUUCCUCAGCGGUCUGUGAGCACCAAGAAUCAAGAAAGAGAACUUUUUACGUCUCUAACUGUCCGUUUAUUAAAAGUUUGCCAGGGCACAUCCUUUUUGCAUGAGCGUGCUUUGUCCUGGGUGCUGCAGACGGUACCGAGCUCAUGGGGAGAGCCAUGGGUGUGCAGGACUGUACUGGUGAUGGGAACCGUAUCCAUAAGGAAUGUGGUAUACACACAAAACCAUCGCUUUCAUGUACGCCUUCAGCCUAGGAUUCCGCUUGGCACUUGGACAUACGACCUAACUCAAGAGGCCACUGUAGAGCCACAAGCCUAACUGACCCACCAAGUGUACCAAAGCCAGGCCCUAUGCUCCCCAUGUUAGAGAGAAGCGAAAUAAACCAAACUGGGGCUUUGUUAAUACGGUUGGCUAUCCACGUGUUUCUUGGUUUUUAUGAUGAUCUGGGGUUGGGAAAAGUAAUGCUUCAAGACACCAUCGUCUGCCAGUCACAUUUUAUUUAACCCAUUGACAGAAACGGCACGUAAAUGGUAUCUUUCGAUCUUCGCUCUCAUCAAAAUUAUAAUUAGUUAUUGAUUUAGUCAUCACAUUUAAGUAGAACACAUGCGGCACAAUAGUAUUAAGUAUAUUUGAGCACUUUUGCAAAACUGAAAAGUAUUUAGAAGCAUCUAUUGCUAUUUUAUGCCUAAUGAAAUAUGAAAAGUAGGAUUCUGAGAGACUUUGUGGCAUCUUUUCAUUUAAAUCUUUAUGAAAUUAACACCUAAUCUAAUUCAGCAUUGCGCACGUCUAGGAAACCAUCCAUUUCACUGCCAAACUUCAGCUUCCUAUCACCAAUUACACAGAAAACAUCUCUAUGAAGGACCGAUCAUUCAAGUUGCUCAUUCCAUCGUAUGUUCAGAAAUCAGUAUUGUCUUUCUCCAAUAAUUAAGGUGCAAUACAAAUUAAAUCAAUCUUGAUUUUCCAGAAUAUAUGAGUAAUAACUUGUUUUUAUGGCUUUAAACUCCAGGUCUUUCCUUUUUUAAAUAUUUCUGCAUCGUCUUCUACGAAAUAGAUCAGAAUGCCUUGUUUGCUUUGUGCUUUCACCCCCGAAAGGUUUUGUGCAUGUGUAUGAAUACACAUUAUAGUAAUGAAUGUGAACCCAUGUUCCGUACACAUGAAACACACAGAUAAUAUAUAAACGCCUGCUCCAAUUGUUUCAACACCUUCAUAUCGAUAGUAUCCAUAUUGGUGAGAUAUAGUGAUCCAUAAGAGCCAGGCAGAGAGCUGAAAUGACUAUCAGUUAAUGAUGCCACAACAUCAGUCACUUGCAUGGAUGUGGUCGAGAUAUUCUUCAAAUCGUACUUCCUAGUUUUUAUCAUCAUCCGACUAUGUUGUAUGAUUUUUUCAGACUAAUUUAACAUGAGGCUUUUUCUGUCCUAAGGGAACUGGUUUAAUCCGGUUAUCCCAUUUCAGUAAGUAUUUUGACAUUCCUCCUCGCCCUCCCCACCUCCUCCGCCAAAUUAAUUUCUCUCAUCUCACUAUAGUGAUAGGGGAUGAAAUAAUGCUCCGUGAUUUCUCCCGAUCUGCCCUCAUUUACUUUGAUGUCUCCUAAAUUCUGUAAUCACAUCACAACCUCUGUUAUGAGUAGGGAGGGAUGGGCUCACUGAAAUCAGACACUAGAAAUUGUUGGGUGAUGCUCAUAACCGCGAACACUUAGCUUAUUGAAGUGCCUCUAUUUACAUGUUCUUUAGUUAUAAUAUGUAUUUUUCUAACAGAAAUACACGUCUGUAAUUGGUGUAUAUUAUACUUUGUGUAUGUUAUAACAAAAGCUAAACA